AUGUCACACAAUCAAGCGUUUGUAACUUUAAACAAUGGGCAUAAGAUGCCCGCGGUUGCCAUUAUUGGGACAGGCACCCAUUGGCAUCACAAGAAGGAGAAGGACCAUGCUCUGUCCCACGAGUUGAUUGAACAGCUGGAGUUUGCGCUGAGUCUGCCAGGGGUGGUCCACAUCGAUGCCGCAGAGAUGUAUGGGACGUACCCGGAGUUGAGUGCAGCUUUAAGGAUGACCGAAAAGCCACGCAGUGAGAUAUUCAUCACAGACAAGCAUGCUCUGCACGCUGCCAUGUCGAAGGAUCCUAUAGCAGGGCUGGAAGACUCCUUGAAGGCCAACAACCUCGACUAUGUCGAUUUGUAUCUACUCCACAGUCCCUUCGUGGCAAAGGAGAAACCCGGGCUCACUUUGGAGGGAGCGUGGAGACAGAUGGAGCAAUUGUACAAGGAUGGGAAGGCGAAGAAUAUCGGGGUAUCCAAUUUCUCGGUAGAAGAUUUGAAGAGAGUGCUGUCUGUUGCGGAGAUCAAACCACAGGUAAACCAGAUCGAAUUUCACCCAUUCUUGCAAAACCAGACCCCAGGUAUACUCAAAUUCUGUCAAGAUGAGAACAUCGAAUUGGAAGCGUUCACGCCACUGGGUCCUUUGCAGGUCAAGACACAGGAGGACGAGAACGAUGAGUUCUUCAAGUACAUUUCCAGCUUAUCCGGGAAAUAUCAAAAGACAGAGGCUCAAAUCAUUCUCCGUUGGGUCACCAAACGCGGUGUAAUUCCCGUUACCACGUCGCGGAGACACGACAGGAUCGCAGAUGCGCAAAACCUUUUUGAGUUCGAUCUGGAAGACGAAGAAGUGACGAAGAUCACUCGUCUGGGACUGCAACAUCCACCGGUGAGAUGCUACUGGAAGUCACAGUACGACAAGUUCAACGCAGAGGCCCAGAAAUAA